AAUGCGUGAUCUGUAUCGGGCGGGCGCGGGCGGCGCGAGGGGUGCGGGGUUCGUUCGGAAGCAGUGGCAGCUCCUAUCGACUCCUGGGUUAUUCUUCCUCAGGCCACUGCUGAUCGAGCUACGUACCAAGCGAGCCAGUUUUUUCUUACGACCGCACCUCACGCCGCACACUCGUCGAGCCCGCGCGAACACGAGGAGUCGCCACUAAUAAAUUACUGUUUUUUACUGCACUUCGGACAGUCACCGCCGCGCAGCCGACUAAUUUAUACGUAAACUAACAUAAAUCACCGAUAGUUGCGACUCCCAUCGCCCGAAUACAGCGUUCAAGCCCCGCCCGUCGUAAGCAUCACAUCUUAGUCCAGACAAAAUGUUCGCCGUGAUGCAAAUUGACGAAGAGCACACACGGGAUUUCAGACGCAAACUGCGCCCAAAAUGCGAGUUCGUUUGCAAGUACUGCCAACGUCGGUUCACGAAGUCCUACAACCUGAUGAUCCACGAACGCACCCAUAAGAGUCCGGAGCUGUCGUUCAGCUGUGAAGUGUGCGGGAAGAGCUUCAAGCGGCAAGACAACCUGCGCCAACACAGAUGUAGUCAAUGCUUGUGGCGGUGAAGGUGACGGAAGCACGAUCCAACAACAGCGGUCUCUCUUACAAUAUAGCGGAAAUCCAUUACAACCCCAGAAAAGAGACCGCGUACGUACGAUGGUGUUAAAUAACAUUAUCAUGGAUGAUGACGUCAUAUGCUAUGUACAUCUUUUAGUAUAUGGAAGAAGAAAAAAAAAAACAAAGUUACAUAACAGUAUUCGUGCUUCGUCGUUAACACCGCCAGAAUGGGAUAUUGCAAUUAACAAAAUUAAGAUGAAAAAAAAAAUUUAACUUUUUUGGAUACCGAUUUAAAAAAAAAAUCCCGCAUUUAUAAAACUGACAACAGCUCCGGAUAAAAAGAAUUAAGAUGUAGCUCUAAUCCUUAAUUAUAUUUUCUAAUAAUAUUGAUUGAUUAAAUUUUACCGUAAGUACUUAUUUAUACUUAAUUAACACGAAUAGCUUGAUAUAUAAUAUUGAAUUAUAAUAUAUACUAUAUCUAAUUUGCUUACAUGUAAAAAUAGAGUCGAUUCAAAUAUGGAUUAGAGUGACCACGUUCAAAGUAUUUAAAUAAACAUUUUAGGACCAUUUUUUUUUCAAAAUUCAAAACGCAUUCUGGUGAAUUUGUAAAUAGUAUUUUUUAUUAGGUUAAGUGACUUUAGCAUUUAAACGGCUUAACAACAUAACGUUACAUAUUAUGAUGUAAAGUAAUAUUUAUAUUAUAUUUAAAAAUAUUGUUAUUAAGCUUUUAUUAUACGUGGAACGUAACAUGUAGUUCUAGA